GGCCAAAGAAAGGGGAAGAGCAGGAGCAGCAGUGUCCAGAACGAGUGGAAAAAUCAAAGUUGGAGAGGGUGAAGAGUAAAAGAAGACGAGUCAGGAGGGAGAGGAGCCUGAGAGUCCGCACACAGAUUGGAGAGAAGAGGGAGAAAAGAAAGUUUUAACCAGCACAAAGGAGGAAAAAAAGGGGGUGAAAGCAGAGAGGGCCCCAACAUUCAGAGAGAGAAAACAGGAUGUCGACACUGCCAUCAGAAACCAGCCCUGAAGAUGCCAACAAUCGCAGCUUCUGGAUGCCUGGGAACUAUCAGCGCACUGUGAAGCGAACAGAAGAUGCGUUCCAGGCCUGUAAUGACAUUGUGGCAUGUUUCCAAGAGAGAGCUCGGGUGGAGAGACUGUAUGCCCAGCAGCUCAGUGAAUGGAGCAACAAGUGGAAGCCAGUAGUGGACUCCAGUCCUCUAUAUGGAUCCCUUAUGAAGGCCUGGCAGUGUUUCUUGUCCUCCGCUGACCGGCUAGCAUCCCUACAUGCCUCCAUCUGUCGCUCCCUGGUGUCGGAGGACGGAGACCAGGUCCGUACCUGGCAGAAGGACACCUUCCACAAGAAGUUAUUCGGAGGCUUUAAGGAGUCUCAGGACAUUGAGACGGGAUUUGCACGUGCACAGAAGCCGUGGGCCAAGCGACUUAAAAAGCUGGACAAAGCCAGGAGGGCAUACCACAAGGUGAGCCGUAAGGAGCAGAUAGCCAGAGAGCGAGAGGCACACGCUCAGGGGAACCCGGAUGUUGCCAUCGACAAGCAGAAGAAGAUCCAGGUGGAGCGAGAGCUGGCUCAGCAGGAUGCUGAUAAGGUUCGCGUACGCUAUGAGAAAGUCCUGGAGGAGGUGAACCGCUAUGCCCCUCGCUACAUGGAGGAGAUGGAAUCCAUCUUCGACCAGUCGCAGGACGAGGAGCGGAAGAGAAUUGUCUUUCUCAAACAGGCCUUCCUCUCCAUCCACAAACAUCUGGAUAUCACCACCAACGAGAGUGUGAAAGACGUGUACAACGAGCUCCACAACAAACUGUUGGCCAUCGAUGACCAAGAUGACCUUCGCUGGUGGAAAAACACCCACGGGCCUGGCAUGCCCACCGACUGGCCUCACUUCCAGGAAUGGACACCUGCAAAGAAAUCCAAGAAAGGAAAGAAAGAUGUAGAAAAGAAAGGAACAAUAGAAAAGAGUGUGAUGAUUGGAGGAGUGAGAGUCAGAGCUCUGUAUGACUAUGUUGGACAAGAAACAGAUGAGCUGUCCUUUAAAGCAGGGGAGGAGUUUUUGAAGAUCGAGGAUGAGGAUGAUCAAGGCUGGUGUCGGGGGAUGAAGGACGACGGGGGGGAAGGGCUUUACCCCGCUAACUACGUGGAGGUGGUAGUGUAGCUAUGACGUGUCGUCUGAGAACGAAAGGUCUUAUUAGGUCAGGUGCUUCAUGUCACUGUGGAAGUCGCAGCCUGGUUAAAGAACACUGAGCAGCUGUUAGCCAAAGAUGUGGUCUGUGACAACAGGGUGGUGGAUAUUUUAGCAUGUCGAGGUUUUUAAUGUGUAAUCUCUUGAAGGAUUUUGACAAAUGUGUUAAUAUAUACAGUGUGCAUACACCACUUGUAUUGAAGCCAUAUGAUAAGCAAUGCUUUAAUGUAGAAAAAGAUAAAUAUGCUGGAGUCUAAAGGUACUAUAUAUAUCUAACCAUCUGGUGCUGAAAUUGCAUUACAGGACUGCAAUUGUAUUUGAGCUCUUCCGUUUAUUUGCACCUCAACACAUUGCUAUUAAAGGGCUCACAAAGCCUCGCGACAUAUGAAGUGAUGCUAAUACUGUGAUUUAUAAUGAAUCUGGAGCAGCUGUUCGAGUGGAGUCAGCUUGAUGGAGGCAGUCAGCUGUGAGACCUGUUUCCGUGUUUUAAAGGAACAGGCUGAAGUGUUGAGGAAGGUGCUUAUUUGUUGUUUUGCCCUAAAUUGAGACAUUUUCAGACAUGAACUCUGGAGCAUGUCUGCACAAUUUCAUCUGGACUUUCUUCAGUUUUCCUUUCACAUAAGUCACCUGGAUAUUGUCUGUUCAGACGCAUCCACAACAACACUCUUUAGAGUGUUCAGGUGUGGGGUGGUGCAGCAGGCCAGAGACAGGACGUACUAAUUCCACUGCAGAGAUGGUGUGUGUUUGUCUACAUCACGUCGACACCAGCUUCUGCUCUUUUCACCAAAGCUUUUCUGACAUCUUGGUCUGUGUCUUCUACCUGUGUGGCACCACUUUUUUAUCCUGAGAUUUAUUCCGGUUUUUACAUUUUUGCGUCGGCCUUAAGCUCACUUGUGGUGAAUCCUCUGGAGGAUCCUCUGUGUUCUCACAUUGGCUCAUUCAGACAUUUUAAAGAAUUCUUACUCAGGGCUGGAGAUUUAUAUACAGUCUAUGGGAGAAACUCUGGAGAAAGUCCAAAUUCUCUUACUUGGAAAAUUGCGUUCACAUACAGCCCUGUCAGAUUCUUUGUAGUUCAGUGCAUGUCUGAAAACAGCUAUAGA